AUGUCGUUUGGGGGUUUUCGACGAUCGGUUAUGAGUAUCGGGAAUGAUCGGAGCAUUAAUAAAGUGCAUUCAAUGGAUGUUAAUGUUGAUCCGAGUUCAGAAAUGCAUUGUGAACUCGGGUCGUUUGAACACCAGGUUUUCAGGCGGUUUCGUGCGCUUUCGGGUUCGUCUGCUGAUGAAGUUUUGUCUCUGAAUUGGGUUUUUAAGUUGUUGGAUGCUUUUAUCGCGUGUCAAGAGGAUUUUAAGGUUGUCAUGUUGGAAAAUGGGGCAGAUCUUUCGAACCCGCCGUUGGAUAGGUUUGUGACGUUUUCUGAUAUGAUUGUUAAGGCGCUUGAUAUUUGUAAUGCUGUUCGUGAUGGGGUGGAAAAGAUUCGAGCUUGGUGUAAGCAUUUGGAGAUUGUUGAAACUGAUUUUGAUUCAAAAUCGAGAAAUGUAAUCGGUGAAGGGCAGUUUAGGAGGGCGAAGAAAAGCUUGACCGAUUUAGCUAUGCUAAUGCUUGAUGAUAAUAAAGAAUCGUCAUGUGUUUUUGCGUAUGGUAACCGACCUUUCAGGUACCCCGUACCCGAAUAA